GGUGUAUACAUAAAUAGUUGAAAAUAGUUGUAUAUAUAGCACGCGCCGGCGGUAAUUUUUUUUUUUUUUUUUUUUUUCAUUUAACGUUACAACUAAGUGUGUUGGUGCGUUAGCCAUCUAGUAUUUCAUUCUAUAGUUUUAUUACGUCGCGCACAACAUGGCAACCGGAUAUUCCGAUGAGAUACCUGAAACCAGGGAAAGACAUGUAAAUUACCAUGAAACAUCCAUGCAAGCUGAUGACUUGAUUGAAAAGAUGUCAACACUUACAACACAACCACCACUAAAAUUCACAGAUGAACUGCAAAUGAACAGGCCAAGCAGAAUCACCAAACGACCUACAAUCGCAGAUAGACAUCUUCGCGAACAGCUGCUAGAGCUCGAAAAACAACUUAGAGAUAAGGACCAGGAGUACAAACAGAUGGAGGAGCACUAUAGAUCAAUGUUGCUGCAGAAACAGGAAAAAUCGCUGGCGCAAGAUAAUCAUGAAGUAUCAUUUGAUCUGACACAGGAAGCCAGGACAUCUACUCCGAAAGCUCCACAUCAAGAGGUCUACAGGAAAGAGCCAAAAAUCAGUAAAUUCAGUGGUAAAGCUGACCAAGAUGUCAAUGAAUGGAUCGAUGAUGCCAAGAGAGCUAUUAAAAAAGUUCGCAAAGAGGAUAUCUAUGACUACAUAAUGAUGAAUCUGGAGGGAAUGCCAAAAAAGGAAGUCCGGCACCUUGGUGAUAAUGCUUACCCAGAGGAAAUCUUCACAACUUUGAAACGAGUUUAUGGUGGACACCAGACCAAACACACGGCACUACAAGAGUUCUUGAACACAAAGCAACAGAGUACUGAAGACAUCAAAAGCUAUAGUCAAAGAUUAAUGACACAACAAGAACAACUUCAGAACACCAACGAUGAUUUCCUGGGAAUGGAGGACACUUCAAAACUAAUGAAGACCCAAUUCGCCAGUGGAGUGUCUUCAGAGAUGAUGCGCCUCAUGCUUCACAACAAGCUGAAAGAACGUCCAAACAUCACUUUCACUGCCCUGAGAGAGGAAGCUUUCAUGAUUGAAGAACGAAUAAAGAUGAGACCAAUAACCGAAACCAAACAGGAACCAAUAAAGACUUCCUCUCCAGAAUCAAAAGCCAUAGAAGACCUGAUUCAAAAACAAGUACAAAAAGAAGUACAAUCUGCCUUUACCUCCGCAACAUCCGACAACCAAAGAAACUUUCCCAACAGAAGAGGUAGAGGAGCAUAUCACAACAGUUACCAUAGUCGAAAUCACUGGGACAACUAUCAGCUCGAUCAAAAUGAAAAUCACAAUUUCUACAAUCCACAAACUAGGAGAGGUAGAGGCUACUCAAAUACAUAUGCAAAUAGAAACUACUUCUAUCGUGACAGAGAGUCUGGGUACCCGAGAGGUAUAGGAUCACCAAACACAGAUUACCAGAAUAAUGAUGGAAGAGCCAACCAAUGGGGAAACCGAAACAGCUACAGAGACGCACAUAAUCCUCCAACGGAGCCAAAAAACUAG